CGUCACCAGGGAGUGAGUCUAAAGAUUUUGAGGCGAAUAUUAUUUGUUUUUUUUUUAACAUUCUUGGUAAUUGAUGAUGACACUUGCAAGUGGUUGAUGUUGCACAUCUAUAACGGUACAACAGGGCUAAAGGCUCUUCUUGAUUUUAUUUUCUCCCAAAACACUAAAUAGCAACAGAAACUACCAGAGGACUUUCCUAAACACCUGUUUGUGACUAUGCGCUGCUAAAUAUUCCUGAUCCAUGAGUCCACUGCAUGGCAUGUCUAAAGAUCCCCUUGAAUGUAAGAAGAGAGAAGCCACACCCUCUCACUGACUUCAGCUCCCUGGGCAUCAUCAACUACAGCACUGACUGCCUCCUCUCAGACUGGCAGUGCCCGCAGGUGUAGCAACUUGGAGCUGGGGGCCACAGUUGCCUUUCUCUGCCAGCAGGACUGGAAUUGGGACAAGCGUCGACCGUGACUACCAGCUCUGGGCAUCUCAACAGAGUAUGGUGAGAGACAGUGGUUGCCAUGGAGCUACAGGAUAAGAAACAGGAGGAGGAGGAGGUGACUCCAUUGGGACUGUCCACAGCUCAGGCUCUGUGCACCCUACGGGACCAACUAACAAACUUACUGGGGCAACACCAAAAAUGUAUCAGGCGCAGAUCCACCAUACGGGAGCUGUGGGCUAAGAGCUUCCUUCACCAUGACAACCGGCACUCAUGCUUCCAUUGGCCGGGAGCUGUUCUCACACUGGUUGUGGUGGUUGGACUGUUGUGUUGUCAUGGCAGUCAGCCAAAGGGCAGUCAGGGCAUAGUGUUGGCGAACGCGGGUGCACUCUUCCUCCUCCUGCUGUUGAACCUCUUCCUCAUUGGGCAGCAGCAGAGGCUACGUACGAGUGAGAUGGUGCGGAGGCUCAAAUCCAUCAUCUCGCAGCUAAAUGAUUAUUUGGAGAGAAGUGCAGGACAUCCAAUCAGAUGGGCCCCCUCGCUGUACCCUGAUCUCUUCACUCCCACCUCCCCUUCAUGGUCACUGCACUGGACAUACAGAGACGAGCAACUGGUCAAUCUGCCUGUCAGCCUGCUGGUGGAGGGUGAUGUCAUUGCUCUAAGACCAGGCCAGGAAGCCUUUAUAUCUCUCAGAGGAAUCAAGGAUGACGAACACAUCGUGUUGGAGCCAGGAGACCUUUUUCCGCCCUUCUCCCCUCCCCCUUCCCCACAUGGUAAUGAACGGAGGGGCCCCCACAGUCCUCAGCAGUACCGCCUCUUCAGGGUGGUACGCACACCUAUACUCGACAAUGUCAGGAACAGUCUUGACCUGGCACUCUCUCGCCCAAUCACGGCUCUUGAUAAUGAACGGUUCACAGUGCAGUCCAUUAUUGCCAAAUUUGCCUGCCCUGCUGUUUUGGUGGCCUUUUUCUCAGUUAACACGAUUCGUUACUUCUGUGACACUCCUGGUCUCACCCCUGGACCCUUCAACUUCCUUCAGUUGCAGAUGAUGGGUGUAUUGCCUAUUUUACCUCUUUUGUUUCCUGUCAUGUGGGUUCUGGUUAAUGCAUAUGGAGAGGCAAGCGUGUUAGCCGAGUCCAACCGGAACUCUCCCACUGGCCUGCUUGCUAAAUUCUCUGAGGACACUCUAAGCAGCUACACGGAAGUGGUGUCCUCCCAGGAAAUGCUACGCUGUGUGAUGAGAAACCUGGUCAGUGUGUUCAAUGGAGAGUCUCGGACCCUCUGUUACACCUCCAGUCUGCUGCACUCGUUGGGCUCAGUCACUGUGCUGUGCUGUGUGGAUAAGCAGGGCAUUCUUUCCUGGCCCAACCCCAGUCCUGAGACCGUGCUGUUCUUCAGUGGACAAGUCGAACCUCCUCAUGACAGCCAGGAUGACCUCGGAGACAACCUAUCAGUCAACUCCCUCUGCCGGACAGAGGGCGACGAGGAACGAGAUGAGUCUCAGGAAGGCGAAGCUCUGCUGUGUUUACCUGCAUUUGAACCCUCACUCCACAUGGCCGAGCAUGAGCGCAGUGAGAUGUCACAUGACACCAAUCGUACUUCAGACACACAACGCCCGCGGCGAGCGCCCCAAACCACCCGCUCCAAACACCCGUCUGGCUCCAAUGUCAGCUUCAGCCAUGAUACAGAGGGUGGAGAGGACAAUAUUGUGCAGCCAUGCAGUGUAGUUGAUGAUCUGUGUGAAGCAGAAGAUUUUGUGUGUGACUAUCAUCUGGAGAUGUUGAGCCUGUCCCAGGAUCAGCAGAACCCUGUCAGCAUCCAGUUUGAUGACUUGGGCUGGCAAAAUCACCUGUCCUCUUUGAAGCCCCUUGGCCUGAACAUCCUGCUGAACUUGUGCAAUGCCACUGUCACCCAGCAGCUCUGCCGAUUCUCCGACCACCUUUCCAACUUGGUACUGCAGGAAUGCCAUGGGGCCGUUCUGCCAGUACACGUUCCCUGGGGCCUCUGCGAACUCUCUCGCCUUAUAGGUUUCACUCCAGGAGCAAGAGAACUGUUUAAGCAUGAGAAUCAUCUGACUCUGUACCAACUCCCUUCUGGAGAGAAGGCCAAAGAAUCCAAACCACGACGAAUCCAUCACUUCACCAAACUCCAGCCGCCCAUCAGUCACCUCAUCAGCCUGUUCGUCAGGGAGAGCACUACCAACAAUGUUCAGAUGCUCUCUCACGGCUCGGCCGACCUCAUCCUGGAAGCCUGCACUGAUUUCUGGGAUGGGGCAGACAUCUAUCCGCUGUCUGGUUCCGAUAGGAAAAAGGUUCUAGAUUUCUACCAACGUGCCUGUCUGGCAGGAUAUUGUUCUGCAUUUGCCUAUAAGCCUAUGCAGGUGGCAUUGUCCAGCCAGCUCAAUGGCAAGUGUGUGGAGUUGGCUCAGGGCCCCACGCUUUUCUCAGGGGUGGAGCUCCCCGGCACUACCCCCAUCAAGCACGGAAUCCGCAGGAACAGCUGGAGCUCUGAUGAGGGUAUUGGUGAAGGUCUUGAGAAGGAAGACUGUGUUCAGGCUCUGAGUGGGCAGAUCUUCAUGGGGAUGGUGUCAUCCCAGUUCCAGGCCCGACUGGACACAGUGCGGCUCAUUGAGAACCUGGUGGGAGCCUGCAUCCGCUUUGUGUACUUCUCCAUGGAGGACGAGCUACGCAGCAAAGUGUUUGCUGAGAAGAUGGGUUUGGAGACAGGCUGGAACUGUCACAUCUCUCUGACCCCAAAUGGAGAUAGUCACUAUGAAGGUGCUCCAUCCAGCCCUAGCCAGGCGGGAUCUCUACACGAUGACCUUCUGCAGGAUUCUCGUGAUGAUGCAGAAGGUCCUCUGCUGCCAGAGGAUCAAUCAGAUCUUGCAAGCUUCCAGCCUACUGACAGUGAUGUGCCCAGUUUCCUAGAAGACUGCAACAGAGCCAAACUGCCUCGUGGCAUCCACCAAGUUCGUCCUCAUUUAAAGAACAUAGACAAUGUGCCUCUACUGGUGCCCCUGUUCACAGACUGCACCCCUGAAACAAUGUGUGAAAUGAUGAAGAUCAUGCAGGAGAACAGAGAAGUAACGUGCUGUUUGGGGAGCUCUGCCAAUUUUCGCAACAGCUGCCUGUUCCUGCAGAGUGACAUCAGUAUCUCUCUGGAUCCUCUGUACCUUUCGCGGUGCUCGUGGGAGACGUUUGGGUACGCUGCAGGCUGUGGGCUGAAUAGAGACUGUGAUGAACUCUCUCCACUGGAGCUCAGUGCUCGCCUCAACAGUCUCGCCUGCUCUCUGUCGUUUCAUCAGGGGGAGAGUGUCAGUGUGGUCAAACUCAUAGAGCAGGCGAGACAUACCACCUACGGCAUUCGCAAGUGCUUCCUCUUCUUACUGCAGUGUCAGCUGACCUUGGUCAUCAUUCAGUUCCUGGCCUGCCUUAUUCAACUGCCUCCUCCCAUGAACAUCACAGAUAUUCUGUGGCUUUCCUGCUUCUGUUACCCCCUGCUAAGCGUGUCCUUCCUGGGAAAACCUCCUGACAGCUCCGUGAUGACAGUCGCUACUGGAAAGAAUCUCAGCUCCAUACCACGCAAGACGCAGCAGUACUUCCUGGGCUGGUUCCUGUUGAAGUUUGGUCUGACGAUGUUGACCUACUUAGUCGGCUUUGGGUUUUCUCUACAGGAAGUGUGUAGAGUAGCGAACCUCACAGACACUGAAAACAACAGCACCCUCACCUGCUCCCAUAUAUUCACUUCUAGUUCCCAGGAUGCCCUUCAGUGGUUUGGUGAAUUGUCCAAUGGGCUGCUUCUAAUUCAGAAGUUCAUGGCAGGCUUCCUGGCUCUGCACUCAGUGGUCAUCUCCCUGAGCUAUGUGCAUCGUUCCCAGCCCUUGUGGAGAAAGAACCCGUUCAGUAACACAUGGUGGUGCCUCAUAGUGCCUGUGGUGUUGUUGGGGCAUGUAGUGCAAGCUGUGGUAGAUUAUAAUUUGUGGCAGGACAGGAAUAUAGAGGUCUUCACACUAAGUGACGUUCCCUUGGAGGUCUGGCUGUUGGUGUCUCUGUCCAUUGUACUUGUGGUGCUAAUCAAUGAAGCAGUAAAACUGCAUGAAAUCAGGGUACGAGUGCGUUACCAGAAGAGGCAAAAACUUCAGUUUGAGACCAAACUGGGGAUGAACUCUCCCUUCUGAGCUGCAUCUGCCCAGAGACUGCAUGGUUCUACACUUUGGCUUCUGUGGUGUUUAUCUUAUUCCUUAGUGGAGAAGAUGAAUCCAGAAUCAUUUGGAUUCCUCUGAACGGAGCUCUUCCUGCCACACCUUUAAUGGGUUGAACCCUUUUUCUGCCAAAAAGGCCACUGUGGGCUGCGAUUUUAAUCCGCGAAAUCCUGAAAUCUCUUUGAUUUAGGCUUUACUCAAAGUAAAGAUUUUAUCUUUGUUUGAGGGAUGUUCUCAUGCAUGCUGCUUUGAGUUUGGACAGGGUAAUUUAUUGGAGGGAUUUUUUUCUAAUGAGGCAAUUUCUUUAUCCUACUCAAACCCUCAAACCAAAACAUACAGUACAAUGGAGGGCUAAAUUAACAUGAUUUAUUUUUCUUCUCUUUCUAUCGAUAACUUUUUAUUAGCUGUUGUGAAAUGGAGAUUUUAUCGAUUUACUUUCCGUUCAGUCUUAUGUAGAUGAUAGACAAAAUUAACUGCUCAAGUUGAGCUUUAGCUGUCUGUAUUCGUAUUUGGUUCUUUAUAACAUCCUGCUGAGAGUUUGUAUUUAAUUUACUGUCUACCACAUAAAGAGCUUGUUGCAGCCUAUUUUGACAGGUUAUAAUGUGAAUGUCAACUCUUUGACUUACCUCAUACUCUAAAGCAUACAGGGGAAAUAGUUUACACAUGAAGAGCGUAUGAGAAUGCUAAUUGGAUGUUUUAUUUGUAUUUUUUUUCAAGCCAGAACAACUUGGCUGAGAAGUUUAGCCUCAGUGUGAGACUGUGUGAAUCCUUAUUUACAGACUGGAUGGUCUCAGACUGCAUAAAAUCAAUCAUAUUUCUUUUCCUCAUACAAAUCAAUAUCAGAGGCCUAUCGGUGAACACAUACUCACUAUUUCUGAAUAGCUGGAAUCCUUUGGGCAGUUUUGAUCUUAGUUUUUAGUUUUUAUCCUAUUUUUAACCAACUUUUUUCUAGAUAUUAAAAAUCUGAGCCCUUAAAGGAAUACUUCACACAAAAAUUAUAAUUCUCUCAUCAUUUUCUCAACCUUAUGCCGUCGCAAACUGUAUGACUUUCUUCUGCAGAAUACAAACAAAGAUAUUUUGAUGGAGAUAAGAGUUUUUGUCCAUACAAUGCAAGUCAAUGGGGUCCAAAAUGUUCAAUAUGACAAGAGUUUUAGUGGAAAAAGGAGUUACGUUUUGGUCCGUUUCUCACACAAAACCGAUCGUAUCGCUUCAGAAGACAUGGAUAAACCCAGUCUAGUCGUAUGGAUUACCUUUAUGCUGACUUUGUUUUUGUUUUUGGAGAUUGGAAGUGUUGGACCCCAUGGACAAAAUAAAUCUUCAUUAAGAUAUCUUUGUUUGUGUUCCAUAGAAUAGAGAAAGUCACAGGAGUUUGAGACAGCAUAAGGGUGAGUAAAUGAGGGAAUUAUAAUUUUUGGGUGAAUUACUCCUUUUAACAAGUUCAGUUAAAACAGCAAAGACUCAGAUGAAUCAAGAGCAAAAGAAAAAAAAGAAAGAAAUUUCAGCUAAUGAAUGUUCCAACUCUAAUGGUUAUUGUUCUGUCUACAAAUACAGUGUGUUUUAAAUAUAUUUACAAAUGCAAUUGUCAACCAGAAUGCAUUAAAUUAUUUAAAAAAAGAAAAUCAAAAACACUUUUCUGGUUCUUUAUAACACUGCAGGUGUUUGAGAUAUUUUUUAUUUUAAUUUUAGCUGUUUCGUAUUCUGGAACUGUAAAAACACAUAUAACUCUGGAUGGGGUCAGGCUAAUUUAUUAUAAUUUUUUUAUUAUGUGUGUUUAUUUUUUUGUUAUUUCUUGUUUCCUCAUCCAAACUGGUAAAUAGGGAUGUUGAAUGUUUUAUUCUGUUCUACCUCUAGCUGAUUGCCUCAAUAUAUAUAAUUCUACUCAAUUUCAUGAUUUGAAAAGGUUUAAUAGUUUUCAUUUAUCCAUUUGGGCUACAGCUAUGGAAUGUAGGGGACUCUGUCACAGUGUUACCUGAUUCAAGAUCACAUAUUGGUCAACACUACAAAUGUAUUUUCCAACAGUGACCAGCUAAUCUCCAAAUUACCACUUCUUCUUUCCCAUGCUUGUGCAAUUACUCUUGGAUGGAACGAAGAGCCUGUUUGCACCUAAACCACCUAUGACUACCCAAUCAAAUGGUGAAUAUUGAGUGCCAGAUUUUAAACACUGGUGUUUGUAGGCAUUUCUUUUCCAUUGUGGAGAGCAUUUUUGAGGAACCCGCCUUUCCCAUGUACAUUUGAAGUCAGAAGUUUACAUAGGCUUAGGUUGAAAUAAUUAACACUCAUUUUUUUAACCACUCCACAGAAUUAAUAUUAGCAAACUAUACUUUUGGCAAGUCAGUUAGGACAUCUGCUUUGUGCAUGACAUGAGUAAUUUCUCCAACAACUGUUUACAGACAGCUUGUUUCACUUUUAAUUGACUAUAUCACAAUUCCAGUGGGUCAGAAGUUUACAUACACUAUAUUAACUGUGCCUUCAAGCAGCUUGGAAAAUUCCAGAAAAUGAUGUCAAGCUUUUAGACAAUUAGCCAAUUAGCUUUUUAUAGGAGACUUACUGAAUUGGAGGUGUACCUGUGGAUGUAUUUUAAGGCCUACCUUCAAACUCAGUGCCUCUUUGCUUGACAUCAUGGGAAAAUCAAAAGAAAUCAGACAAGACCUCAGAAAAAAAAUUGUGGACCUCCACAAGUCUGGUUCAUACCUGGGAGCAGUUUCCAAAUGCCUGAAGGUACCACGUUCAUCUGUACAAACAAUAGUACGCAAGUGUAAACACCAUGGGACCAUGCAGCCAUCAUACCACUCAGGAAGGAGACGCAUUCUGUCUCCUAGAGAUGAACAUAGUUUGGUGCGAAAAGUGCAAAUCAAUCUCAGAACAACAGCAAAGGAUCUUGUGAAGAUGCUGGAGGAAACAGGUAGACAAGUAUCUAUAUCCACAGUAAAACGAGUCCUAUAAUGAAAUAACCUGAAAGGCUGCUCAGCAAGGAAGUAGCCAGUGCUUCAAAACCGCCAUAAGAACCAGACUACAGUUUGCAAGUGCACAUGGGGACAAAGAUCUUACUUUUUGGAGAAAUGUCUUCUGGUCUGAUGAAACAAAAAUUGAACUGUUUGGCCAUAAUGACCAUUGUUAUGUUUGGAGGAAAAAGGGUGAGGCUUGCAAGCCGAAGAACGCCAUCCCAACUGUGAAGCACGGGGGUGGCAGCAUCAUGUUGUGGGGGUGCUUUGCUAGAGGAGGGACUGGUGCACUUCACAAAGUAGAUGGAAUCACGAGGAAGGAAAAUUAUGUGGAUAUAUUGAAGCAACAUCUCAAGACAUCAGCCAGGAAUUAAAGCUCAGUCGCAAAUUGGUCUUUCAAAUGGACAGUGACACCAAGCAUACCUCCAAAGUUGUGGUAAAAUGGCUUAAGGACAACAAACUCAAGGUAUUGGAGUGGCCAUCACAAAGCCCUGACCUCAGUCCGAUACAAAAUUUGUGGGCAGAACUGAAAAAGGAGGCCUAUAAACCUGACUCAGUUACACCUAAGUUAAACAAUUUAAAGGCAAUGCUACCAAAUACUAACAAAGUGUAUGUAAACUUCUGACCCACUGGGAAUGUGAUGAAAGAAAUAAAAGCUGAAAUAAAUCAUUCUCUCUACUAUUAUUCUGACAUUUCACAUUCUUAAGACAGGGAGCGUUUUCUACGAUUAAACGUCAAGAAUUGUGAAAAACUGAGUUUAAAUAUAUUUGUCUAAUGUGUAUGUAAACUUCUGACUUUAACUGUAGGUUAUUGGUCACAAUCUUUCCCUUUUUCUACAUUACGUACCGAAAGAUGUCUUAACCUAUUCACUUCCUGCCCUUUUGUUCCUGUUUCACUGUUGUCAUGGUAUUAAUGUUUAUAAAUCACAAAAACAUGCUGUAACAGCAUCUGGUUUAUGUUUAGAUUUAUUUUGAAAUGCUUACAGGAUAAGUCUUCAUCUAACAGCCUUUUCCAUAUUGCUGUCUAAAUUAACAGAUUGUCAUGGGCACAGAAUUUUAAUUCAUGUAUAUAAUUAUAGUACAUUAUUGCAUUUAACCUGUUUUCUGUAUUCAUAUUUUAUUUUGUCACAGUUCUACUUUUUCAGCUCAUUCAACUUGAAGGCAGUUCUUAUGUGUUUAGAGGUAAAUCUAGCCCAUUAAUAUAGCUGUGCUUACCACUGCUGUGUAAACCGGUUAAACUGCCCUAAUUCAGACAUGACAGUGCUAUCAACUGGUAGUCCAUAGAGGGAGUUCUACGACUAUUUUAUUAUUAUUACUUCCUUUUUAAUAGGUGAUGAAUAAGUGGCAUAAAAAUAUGUACAAUAAAAAAAAUUUAAAAUAGCACAUCAACAUAAAAAGGGGAGAAUGUUGUUUUAAUAAGCACUGAUCUAUAAUGUACAAACUAUAGUAACAGAACAAAUGUUAUAGGAUAUGACUUUGAGAGCAGCGUUUUUGUACAGUGAGCUUUUUUUUGUCUUUACACUCAUAUUUUGUGAUUUAGGCAUGAGAAAAACCAUAAGAAUGCAAUGCUGUUAAAGGUUUCUUUAAUUCUUUACACAUCUGCUGAAUAUUGAAUGUGUUGAUUAAGUCAUGCAUGGAUUAAAAGUGCGCUGAUGCUUUUUCCAUCAGUCAUAUAGGCUGUAAUCACAUCUUUGAAACCAGGCAUGUAUAGCCUUUUUUUGGCUAUACAGAGCCUCUCUGCAAAAUACAUGCCUGGGUUACAACCUGCACAGACUGACUAGACAUACAAGUAUUUGCUAUUUAUGAAUGUUCAUAACAUUUAUAAAUGUUGUACAGUUUGUAAUUUUUUUUAAGAUGUCUUUAAUGUCUUUCCUCCCCCCUGAUUAUUUGUGAACCAAUAAUAUUAUGUUAAUAAAUGUCUAUUUCAA